AUGGAUUCCAGAACCGCUUCGGUUAGCGCCACCAACAGCAGCAACGAGAUGCCGAAUAUCGAGCACCUCCAACUCUCCGAGUCCCUCUCCCAUGUCCUUGAGGGCAACACUCCCGCAGAGCAAAGCCAGCCUCAAGAACCACGAGUUGACUGGUUGAAGGAAAUCCCCCCCGAGCUCCGCUACAUGAUCGUCGACAACCUCACCUCGACAAAAGACGUCUUUUCCGUGGCUCGCACAUGCCACACCCUCCUGCGCGCCGUCAACGGCCAAGUAAAAUUCCUCGCCCCUCGCCUCUGCGCAGAACAACGCGCUCGCAUCUCCAAGAGCUUCCCAUCGAUGUCCAUCAACCACCAGACCGCACCUCAACUCAAGGACCUCACCAUCCUCGAGGCCCUGCGGAAGUCCUCGCUUUACAAUGGCCGUCUCCAACACUGGCAGACGCAUGCCAUGAUCCACCAGCUCGCGGGCUGGUACGAGCGUGAGCAAGGCGUUUUCACGCCGCCUGCUCCAUCGCUGAAGAAGACUCUCCUCGAGGAGAUGUUCGAGUACCUCUUGCACGUGGAUGUGGUGAAACAUCCCUACGACGAGCGAUCCGAGUACGUGGAGCUUCUUCGGCAUUGCAAACACAAGGAGUCGGUGUUCUGCAAGUGUCUCACAUGUACUGGUGUGACGAGCCGUGGCACGCAAGGAGCGCAUUGCUAUGUCGAUGUCGAGGUGUGGAAGUUUGAGUUGAGUGGUUGGGACAUGGCGUAUCCGCUGCGCUUCUUCAGAGAGGCGUCAGCCAAGGCGACGAAGAAGUGGGUGGCAGAUGAAGAGGCGUGGCUGGACAUGGUCAGAAGUGUUCUCGAAGAACCCAUCCAGCAGUACAACAAACAGGAAACCACCGUCGGCAGCGAGUGUCUGAUGGAAACGAUCUUCAACACCUCUCCAGUUGAAACCCUCUAUCAAUCGACCAGCAGGGACAUCUUCCUCGCAGACAUCGGGCUUCCACUACCGGACCUGACCCUGCACGGAUGGACAUGCACGUACAUCCCGAAGAUGAACGCUGCUGACCGGCGCCACUUGUUGACGGAGCAGGGCAUGGUGUCGAGUGAGGAGAUCCGGGGGCUGUGGAAGGAAACCAGAGGCAUGCGGGCGGUGAGGGAGUAUUUUACUCGACCAUGCGGAAAGGAGGUCGAGGGACGACUGUUGGAUCCAUUCAAUUACAUGCUGCCUGCGGUUCUGUGUGAGGAGAUGCAGAUUACGAGGAAGGUCGAUUCGGUCGAUGGCCUAGAGGACGACCUGGUGUUUGCUGGCUGCAUCGAGAUAUGCCUCAAACCACCGGCGAGGCAUGAUGGGAUCUUGUCAGCGGACGAAGGAAUGUCGACUUGA